AUGGCCGAUCUCAGCGCAUGGGCAGCUCCUCGCCUCUCUCAGCUUCUUCCUCUCGAUGAGGAGUCGCUGUCACAGGUCAUCGAAUAUGCCGCUAGUCUCUCCAAGGAGGCUUGCGCCGACCACCUCAAAAACCUCCUCGGUGACUCCCCCGCCGCCCUCGAAUUUAUAAGCUCGUUCAAUACGCGCCGCGAUGCCCGGCAACCGCCUCAGAUGACAUCGACCCAAAGCAGAGAUGCGCCGCGAUCAUCGGGAGCUAAGAAGGGCAAAAAGAAGGCUCCGUUGCACAGCGCUGGUCCACCACGCCGCCCAGACAACUACGGCAACGUUGGAGGGGGCUACAUGAAGGCCGAGGAGGAGGAGUAUAUGUCCUCACGCAAGCCGACUACAAGCCUCGCACCCUCGCAGCCUACCUCCUCGCAAUCGUCGCGUGUACCCUCUCCCUUGCCCGCAUCAUCGCCAAAGCCACCGCCAUCAGCAAGCGGCCCUACAAUUUCGGAUAUGCUACCAAAUGUACGAUCAAAAACAAGCAAAUCAACUCGACAGGCUGGAUCUGGAUCAAAUAACAAGGGUGCGGCUCUGACGACGAAUAACAUCUCAGACCUUACUGCAGCUAUCGCCGCCUUGGAAGUAUCGACAAACCCGACACUGGAGGAACGACGCAAGUGCAACUGCUACGCCUCUCUUCACCCGCUAUUUGAUCCAGCUCCGAAUUGUAUGAACUGCGGGAAGAUCAUUUGCUCGCUCGAGGGUCUACAACCAUGCUCCUUCUGCGGCACACCGCUGCUCUCCGCAGAGGAAGUGCAAGACAUGAUCCGAGAACUACGUGCUGAGCGUGGACAAGAGAAGAUGCGAGUACACAAUGAAGGUGUUCACCACGAAGGAGGGCCUAAGCCUACAUCCGGGUCCGGGUCCCCCAGUAAACUCGAUGCCGCCAAGGCUCACCGGGACAAGCUACUUCAAUUCCAAGCCCAGAGUGCCCGUCGGACCAAGGUUGUCGACGAAACAGCUGAUUUUGAAACACCCAAUGUCGCCUCGACCUUGUGGAUGAGCCCCGUCCAACGCGCUCUGGCGCUUAAGAAACAGCAGCGCAUUCAACGCGAAAUGGAGGAGAAGGCUCGUCCCGAGUGGGAGAAAAAGAAAACAGUCAUGAGUCUGGAUAUCAAGGGUGGCAAGGUCCGUCGUGUAUAUCAUAAUGCUGCAGCAGAGUCAACGCCGGAGGCCAGUGAGCCCGAGCCCGCCGAAGAAGCUGCCACAGAGCUUCCACGAGGCGAACAUGCUUUCAGUCGGAACCCGCUUCUUGCAGCCGGUGGUCUUCUACGACCUGUCUGGAAGGCUCCGGAAGGGAAGACGCCCGAAGCAGCGGAACAGACUGAAAGAAAACAAACCUGGCGACGGGUACAGGAUGACAAUGACGACAAUGAACAGUGGAUUCUUGAUGGUGGAGUACACGGGCAUACCACCUACCACAACCCCCAACACCCGCCUAUAACCGAGCCAAAGAACAAUUAUCCGCUUGGGAAUGAGCAGGUCAUCAUUGGGGAUCCGCGUCCCCCCCAACUUGUUUCGUCGGAUCCGGCGUCAUCGACUACUCGGCUGGGCGCGGGUAUCUUCGGCGCCGAAGUAUAUAAGCUGAUUGAAUACGACCUUCGAGGUUUUGCCCAACAAAUCAACCACAAGAUGCUCGUUGAGACAUUACUGGACUGUUUGUCCUUGCAGAGGGUCUUGGGAGGGAUAGCUGGCGUCCUGGCCCUAGCGACUCUCGCCUACUCUCUGUACAACCUCUUUAUCCACCCUCUCCGCCGCAUCAACGGUCCACUACUGGCAUCCAUAACACCCUGGGUCCAACUUUACCACGGCCUCAAAGGCGACCGCCAUCUAUGGCUUCACGAUCUCCACCGACAAUACGGCACACACGUACGCGUUGCACCGAACUUUGUCUCCGUAAACUCAGACCGCGGAUUACACGAUAUCUACGGACACGGCAAGCGGCUACAGAAGGCAAAGUUCUACAAUGCCUUCCCGGCCAUCAAGGGCGUGUACAAUACCCAUAAUGCAAUUGACAAGACCAUGCACGGCCGUAAGAGACGAGUACUCAGCCAGGCGUUCUCGGAUAAUGCGCUCAAGGGAAUGGAGGAUGUGAUGCUUCUUCAUGUGCGUCAGCUUUGUUCAGUGCUUGCUGGCUACGAUGGGAAUUUCGAGACAUAUGACCAGAAGGGCAAUGUGAAGAAUAUGGGAAAUUGGUUCAGUUAUCUCUCGUACGAUGUCAUGGGCGAGCUCUGCUUCGGAAAGAGUUUCGAUAUGCUUGUCUCUGAUUCUCAGAGACACAAGGUUGGACUGGUGGAUCGCGCUGCGAACAGGCACUAUGUGUGUGGACUAUGGAUGCCUCUCGACACAUGGGGUCUGGACCAGAUCUUCAUCCGCAAGUUGACGCGCGACCGAUGGAACUUCAUCAUGAACUCGCGAGUUGAAGCCAACGAGCGGGCGAAAGAACGUACCCAGAUUGGUCAUGAUGCCAAAAAGGACUUCUUCUACUACCUGUUGAACGCGAAAGACCCAGAGACCGGCAAUGGUCUCACCACGCCUGAGCUAUGGGGAGAAUCCAACGUGCUUAUGAUUGCAGGAAGUGACACAACCUCAACCACACUGGCAGCCACACUCUUCUACCUCGUCCGACGACCAGAGGCACUAGCCAAGCUGACCGCCGAAGUGCGAGGCGCCUUCAACGAAGUCGAAGAGAUCAUCACCGGCAGCCGACUCAACGAGCUGGUAUACCUAAAAGCCUGCAUCGACGAAGCUCUUCGUCUCGCACCAGCCGUCCCAGGCGCAAUUCCCCGAGAGGUGAUGGAAGGCGGAGCGGUCGUCGACGGCGUCUUCCUGCCGGCCGGUACAGACUGUGGUACACCGACCUACUCCAUCCACCGACAGGAGAGAUACUACCGCGAAGCAGGGACGUACCUCCCCGAGCGCUGGAUCGAAGGCGCAACAUGCACGAGCGCCGGGUUAACCUGGCAGACGACCAAGGAAGGGAUUGAGACUGCUCGCCACGCGUUCUGUCCAUUUAGCAUUGGGCCUCGUGGGUGUAUCGGCAAGAGCAUGGCAUUUAUGGAGAUGAGGUUGACACUGGCGCGGCUCGUGUUCCUCUUUGACAUGUCAUUGGCUGAUCGCGAGGGCGAAGUUGAUGGGCAUUUGGCAUUGACGGAUCACUUCACCAGUGCGAAGAAUGGACCUAAUGUAGUUUUCCGACGCAAGUAA